AGUACCCAGGAAAGGAACGGAACAAACUGAAGAAAGCAUCAUUAAAAAUGGGUUCCCAGAAACAGGCCUUUAUCUUGUUAUCGGUGCUUUUGUUUUUCAAUUUCCUUCUCUUCUCCGGCGCCGAUGACGUUUAUUACGAAUUCAUUUUGCAAGAAGAAGAGUUUACGAAGCUCUGCAGCACAAAAACCGUCUUGACCGUCAACGGCAGCUUUCCCGGGCCUGAGAUUAGGGUCCGAAGAGACGAUACUGUUCAUGUCAACGUCCGUAAUCAAGGAAGAUUUGCUGUUUCCAUUGUCUGGGAGGGCAUCCGGGAUUCGAUUAAUGGUGUAAAUGAGUUGAUUCAGCCUGGAAGAAACUUCACUUACGAGAUCGAUUUAGACGAUGAAAUCGGAACUUUAUGGUGGCACGCUCGGAGUGCUUGGGCUAAAGCUACCGUUCACGGUGCCUUUGUCAUUUUACCGGCCGCCGGUGAAGAAUAUCCUUUCCCUGCACCUACUUCAGAUCAUACAAUUAUACUUGGAGAAUGGUUUAGACAAGAGUUGACUGAAGCCGUUGUUCCUGGCCAAGCAGAUGCGUACACAAUCAAUGGCAAUCUUGGAGAAACAUAUGGAUGUAACGACACAUCAAAUCAGCUACAAGUGGAUUACCAGGGUCUCUAUCUUCUCCGUUUAAUAAAUGCUGUUGCCAAUGAAACAAUGGUCUUCGCCAUUGCGCAACACAGCUUGACGAUCGUCGGACAAGAUGCCUCAUAUGCCCGACGUUCGUUCUCGAAUUCCUUGACAUUAGCCCCGGGUCAGACGAUCGACAUUCUGCUCAGCGCGAACCAAAACGUUGGCCAAUACUAUAUGACCGCUCGGCCUUCCUCCGGUCGACUUAAUACCACCGGAAUUUUACACUAUACCACCAGUAAUGGUUUUUAAUUUUAACUGUCUGGAUUUUCGAGUGCCAUUGUCAUAGAUUUGUUUAUCAAAUAAGACAUUCACUAGGGCAAACCGCUAUGUAUAUUAAUAUCAAUGCCCUAUAAAUAUCCACGCU